AUGGCGGCUGCACGCACUGCAAGCGGGAAGGGGCUGCUGCUGCAGCUGCUGCGGAAAGAGGCGCCUUUGCCGACGGUCCCGUCCUUCGCCUUCGUUCCCCGCCGGCACCGACACGCGCAGAAGAAGAAAUGGGUGAGGCGCGAGGGGCCUCGACCCCGACCCACAGCUCCUGCGGCGCCCUCCCGUGCCCAGCCCAGUGAAGCCCCAAAGGACAUCCCGCCCCGUGCCCUUCAGCGGGUCCCCGCUGCGUUGCCUCCUCCGCCCCCCGUGUUUUUAUUACCCACCCCGCUCUCCGUCCAGUCCUCGGCACUUUGUCCCGGCUCUGCAAUCCGGCCUCUCUCUCCCGCCUCGCUUGCCGUGGCCUCCGUUACGUAAAUUAAGUUAGCGUGUUUGCCUGGCCCUUUUAGAGAAGGCUUCUUGGUAGCAGCCCGUUCUCUGGAUCAGGGUUUCCCAAACUUGGCACUCCAGCUGGUUUUGGACUACAACUCCCAUCAUCCCUAGCUAGCAGGGACAGUGGUUUAGGAUGAUGGGAAUUGUAGUCCAAAACCCAAGUUUGAGAAACCCUGCUCUAGAUAGGGAUGUUGCACUCCAGCUGCCAUUGGCCCCCAGCCUGCAUUGUUCCUUGAGUUGUAGUUUUCCUUCUUCUGUUCCUCUCACACAGUUGUGACAGACAGCUUCAAGGCUGUUGCAAAAUAUGGCAUUUCACCUGAACAAAUACCUUAGUUUGUAUGAGUUACUUUCAGGUACAGAAUAUGGACCUCCUGAUGGUAGAAUGCAAGGCCCUCCGUGGACCUCUUCUCACAUAGAGUGUGUGUGCCCUUAAGAAAGGAGCUGUUCCCUACUGGUGCUAUCUCAUGGGGAUGUGGGUGGAGGACGUUGUAUUGGUCAGUCCCUGAUGUCAGGAUUGGCCCUGGUCUUUGAUUUCACUAUACACUCAUACAUCCAAGCACUGUAGGGCCACAUCAUGGUAAAGAGGUGUGUGGUGCAUAUAAUGCCCAAACAUUAUCAGCACUAAUAUUUUGCCUGUUUCACAUUUUCAUCCGUGCAAAGGCAUCCACCACUCCUCGCGUGCCUUGCACCAGACGGGCUCUGCGGGUCUUCGACAUGACCUAUGGUGUGCAGUUUGGCAGCCUCUGGCCCUCGAUCCGCAUCGGUCUUCUCUCGGAGCAAAAAUGUGGAGCUCUUAUCAACAAUUACUGUGAUGCACAGAAGAUCACCCAGGAACUGGAAGAAAUGCAGGCAGCGGAUUUCAUCUGGGAAUCUGGAAAAGCAGAGCAGGACCGGGAUCCUGCAGCUGAGCAAGGUGCCAGUGAGCCUGAAUCAUGCUCAGAAACUCAGACUGAACCCUCUGAGCCCCAAGCGCAACCUCCUCAUUCUCCUUUCAUAUCCAUCAGUCCCAACAUAAAAUGUUACACAUUCCCCAAAGGAGAUAUCAGCCUUUUUCAUCCAGCCAGGUACAUAGCUGAUUUUGGGUGAGGAGGUUGGUGUUGGGGUACUCUUCAGCAUGUGAAACUUAGCCCAUGGAUUUCUUCUUGAAAUGUUCUCCUCCCCACUCCCCUAAAUCUGUUCUGGGGUUCUCACAAUCCUCCGGAGUAGAUUUGGGGAAGUGUCAGGACAGGACACAUACAGAGGGGUGGGGAUGGGGAGUCCUGUUACACAAGUGGAACUCCUUAUUCUGAUGGGCAGCAGUAGUUGAAUACUGCCCAUUACUUGCAAACUUCUAAAAUACCCACUUGCUGCCAAUGACAACAAGUGGAUCUUUUGCCUCUCUUUCAGUUGUUAAGGUGCUUAGUUCUUGCUUCUUAACUUUUUUCACUUAGUAAAGCUGAGUGUAGGGACAGUCUUCUCUCCCAUGAAAAUAUGGAAUAGAUGGAAGGGAAGCUAGGUGGUGUCAAAGCCCCUGGUAUUAUAUUGUGCUCUUACUGGCAGAACCCCACCAUGCACGGGUGCGUGAGCGUGAAUGUUAUAUGCCUUAUACUGAGUCAGAUGUUGGUCAGUAUUCCUACACUGACUGGCAGCAGCUCUCCAUCAUUUGUCUUUCCCAGCUCUACCUAGAGAUUCAAGCUGGAACUGUUUGCAUGCAGAAUGUAUGCUCCACAGUUGAGCUGCAGACCUUCCAUCCUGCCAGUGCAUUUUAAGUAGGAGUUAAUUGGGGCUCAAAUUUCCUGUGCCUGCCACGCUAAACUUCAUCAGUUCCCUUUUUUCACAGACCAGACAUGUUAGGAGUUCUGGGCUAUUAUCUUCUGGAUGCUGCAUCCGUCUUGCCCGUCUUGGCUCUCAAUGUGCAGCCUGGCAACCUGGUCCUUGACCUUUGCGCAGCACCAGGUGGAAAGAUGCUGGCCCUUCUACAGACUGGAUGUUGUCGUAAGUAGAAUUCUUCUGCAGCAGGUGGUGCUCAAAUGGUAUAGGCAGGACCAGUUAGUGAAAACUGUUUUUCCUAUAUCUGUCCGGAAAGAGUUGAAAGGAUCAGAUAGUCUGGUGUGAUGCAUCAUGUUUGCUUCUGCUUGUGGUGCAGUGCAAUUUUGAUUACACAGGUUACUCUCCAGAAGGCCAUCUCAGGGAAGGUAGCAGGACAUUUUCUCCGGCCUCUUCCAGCUCCAACAACUCCUCUCUUUGUAGAGCAGGGGUGGCCAGAGCGCCACAUUCACCCUUGGCCAACUCUCCAGGCCUCACAUGACAAGAGAGGGUGUGACCCACACUCUUGUGCACGCACACAGAGGGUACACACAUGUUCAAGGCACACAUGAUCCAUGCCCACCUAGCACUGUGUCUGCAUUAAAACAUAAAAGAUAAUUUCCUAUUAUAUGUCAACAUGGGAUGACUCUCUCAGUCCCCCAGCAUCCUAAAUGUCUAUCUGGUGGCAGAGUAUGGCAAGUUUUUAAUUCUGACAAAAAAUAUAUAUACUUUUUUGGUGUGUGUGCGUACACAUACGCACAUUCAUACACUGCCAAAACUGAUGGGGUCUUCUUUUAAGGAGGUUGGCAACAUAUUCAUUGUUUCUCAGUCAUGUGCAAAUUUUGGUUUGUUGACUUGGAGCCUCCAAGAGUCUGUCUGCCCUUGGUGUAUGCUGUUGCUGUUCUUUCAUUAGGACAGCUGGCUGCCAAUGACCUCUCUGUUUCCCGCACUUGUCGGCUGCGUCAAGUUCUCCAUAGCUACCUUCCAGAAGAGCUCAGCGAGAUAGUGAGGAUUACAUCAUGGGAUGGAAGGAAGUGGGGUGACCUGGAGAUGAAUACUUACGAUAGGGUAAGCAUUGCUGUAGAUAACAUUACUGGGAGUAGCCCAUUAGAAGAGCGCCAGCAGGUGCCUGCAGCUAUUGAAUGUAUGAUCUCUUCCAUUCCCCCCUCACUUGUACAGAGCGCAGAUUGCUCCUUUAGAAUAUAUUUGCACCUUGUGGGGGGGGAUCGUGACAGUGGAUGAUACUGAACUUAGUCAUAUUGAGAGUGGACCCCCUGAAAUCAAUGGACUCGGAGUUAAUACUUUGUUGAAUAUUAUCUGGUUUGUCUAUAGCCAAGACCUGUGCUUUCUGCCACAUCUGAUAACUCCUUUACUGGUAAUGUAUGUAACUUUGCUUCAGAGAGUCCAGCUGAAGUCCAUUUCUAUUGUAAACACCCAGCUAAUUCAAAAAUAAUAAUUCCCAAGCCUUUUCCUUGUUGUAGGAAAAUAAUAAUUUUAGUUAUCAGAAUGUGUAGUUCUGGGAUACUUUGAAUGUCAUCUACCUAUUUUUACUUCCCAUCUUUCUUCUAAGGCAGGCAUGGCCAAGCUUGGCCCUCUAGCUGUUUUGGGACUACAAUUCCCAUCAUCCCUGACCACUGGUCCUGUUAGCUAGGGAUGAUGGGAGUUGGAGGGCCAAGUUUGGCCAUGCCUGCUCUAAGGAGUUCAAGGUGGUGUAUCUGGUUUCUCCUCACAACCCUGUGAGGGUAGACAGCAAGAUGGUGACUAGAGCCUAAACUUGCCCAGGCAGUUUCAUGAUUGGGUGUGGAUUUGAACCUGGGUUUCCUUUCGUUUUAGUCCAGCACUCUAACCACUACACCACAAUGGCUGUAUGAGUAUUACAUGCAAGAGGCUUAAGAACAGUUGCAGUUGUAAAUGGCAGGAGAUGGCCUCCAAGAUAUCAUCCAGUAGUGCCUUAAGGAGUCUGAUGAGAAGCUGUGUGAUAUGGGACAAGCUGUGUGGGAGGGCACAAACAGGUAAAAGUCCACCGAGUUUAAUUGGGAUAUAUGCCCUCUAUCUCAUGCAGGUGCUCGUGGAUGUACCAUGCACAAAUGACCGUCACUCAGUCAUAGAAGAGGACAACAAUAUGUUCAAUCCAAUGAGAAAGGGGGAGCGUCAGAUGCUGCCAAUGCUCCAGGUGGAGCUGCUUGUGUAAGUGAUCCUGACCUUAUGUGAUACAUGUUAACUUUUGAGCUACACCAGGGUUUCACAUUGUGGGCUUUAUUAAAUCAUUCACAGCAUUGCAAAUGAGUCCACAAAACUCUACAAAAGUGCUUGUCUGCCUGCCGUCCUGCCCACAUACAAAUGUGUAAGGCUCUUGUGGCUUAAAAGACAAAGGGUUGCUUUUAACUAAGUUUUACUUGGAGUAGACUCAUUGAAAUUCAUUGCUAUUAUUGUCUUAGGCCCAUUAAUUUCAGCGGGUCUGCUCUGAGUAGGUUAAUUAAAUAUAAUUCAAAGGAUCCAACUUCAGUAAUGCUUCCUUGCUUACUCUUCUGGAGGUGAUUUGGUGACUAGAAAAAUAUUUCUUUAAAAACCUGGAGUUCUAGCCAAAUUGGAACCCUUACUUUAAUGUAAUUAUUCAGUAAUCUCCUGAUGCUAAAUUAGAUUCUCCUAAGUCUAUCCCAAAGUAUGAUGGUUGUUUUCAGCUGGAGCUCUUUUAAGCAUUGUUGUGUAAUUAUUCUGUACGUUGUCUUGUGAAGCUGAUGUGCCUUGAGAUGUGAAUCUUUAAAUAAAUAAAAAGUUCUUUCUGUUCCUUUCCCAGGGCUGGGAUACUUGCUGCCAAGCCAGGGGGAGACGUCGUGUACUCAACGUGCUCCUUGUCUCAGCUCCAGAAUGAGUACGUGGUUGAGAGAGCUGUGGAGCUACUAGCAAUCCAACAUGACAUUAGCAUCCAGGUUGAAGACUUGAGCUGUUUUCGAAAGCGGUUCCAGAACACAUUUUCAUUCUAUCCUGACUGCAGACUUGGGGAACUCAUCCUUCCCCAUCUCACAGCUAACUUUGGACCCAUGUAUUUUUGCAAAUUGCACAGAUUGAAUUAG